ACCUACAUUUUUCAAAUUCCAAGCGGCUGGUGUCAAACUCAGUUGGGAUAUAGUAUAGUUAUUAUGCUUCCUGUUAAUGGCUGAUAAAGGAGGGGAGUGUGCAGCUGUACAGUCUGAAUUUCAUUCCAUAAGCUUCCAAGAUGAUAAAGAAGAAGAAAAGGAAGAAGAACCAACAUUCAUAGAGCAACCUCCUGAUAGAUUAAUUUGUCUAAUAUGUCAUUGUGUGAUGAAAGAGCCUCAUAUUGUCACAUGCUGUUGUAACAAGAUGUGUCGUGACUGUAUACAACGUGUACAUCAUUCAAGUCAACCUUGUCCCACUUGUCGUGAACCUAAUUUCAAUAGUUUCUUAGAGAAACGACUCAACAGCGAGAUACUUGACUUGAAGGUUCGUUGUACCCACCACAACAAUGGGUGUGAGUGGGUGGGAGAGUUAAGAGAUCUAAAGAAACAUACCAAUUUAGUGAACGGCAGCUGUGGGUUCGUUAAAGUAAAGUGUCCUUUUGGUUGCCCUAUGGCAUAUUUUCGUAAAGAUACGAUUGAUCAUGAAUCCGUCUGUACUAAUCUUCCACCAGAGAGGCAGGUCAAGAGAACAAUGAGAAUAACUGAUCAGUUUAAAGAAGAAUUACAAGCUACACUGAGUCAGUUUCAAGAGUUGUAUAAAUCAGAAUCAGCACGUGUUAAAGAGUUAACCAAUCAACUUGAAGUUCUGAAAGAAAGUCACAAGAAAGAGCAACAGGAAAUGAAGUACCAGUUUGAAGCAGAGAAGAAGCAGCUACUGGAAGAAUCAAAGCAGCAGAUUGCACUGCUAUCGGAGAGCUUAAGAACUGGAUUUAAUCAACAAAUGAAGAUUAAAAAUGAAGAGCAUCAACAACAAAUGAUGCAAUUACAACAAGAAUUUAAAAAGAAAGAGAAAGAGAGAUCAGAAGCUAUCAAUAAGCAUUUAGCUGAAUUGAAGGAAAAAGAGAAACAGAUGGAGAAACAGCAUCAAAAGCAGCUUACUGAUAUGAAGGACAAAAUGUCUACCGAAUUGAAGGAGCUUUAUUAUGAUGAACACAAGCAAAGAAUGGAAGAAAACAAAGAACAAUCAAAGAAUAUUCAUCAGGAAUUAAAGCAGCACUAUGAUGAGGAGUACCAACAACAACUUAAAGAAGCUAAAAAAACACUCGA